CCGUAUGUGAACGCAACGUGGAGUUGUUUACUGUCUUUGACAGCCCUCUCCGGUUUAUUAAAUAGAUGUUGACCCUCUAACCAGCAGCCACCCGUUUUAAAUUGGACUAUUUGUUUAAAGGAGGAAAUGGGGAAGCCAAAGAAAAAGAGUGACCUCAGCCGAGCUGAGCUGAUGAUGAUGACCAUUGCUGAUGUCAUUAAGCAGCUGGUUGAUGCCCAUGAAGAGGGCAAAGACAUCAACCUCAACAAAGUGAAGACUAAGACUUCAGCUAAAUAUGGACUUGAAGCCCAGCCCCGAUUGGUAGACAUCAUCGCCGCUGUUCCACCACAAUACCGUCGUGCUCUGGUGCCCAAACUAAAGGCCAAACCUAUCCGCACUGCCAGCGGGAUCGCAGUUGUGGCUGUGAUGUGCAAACCUCACCGAUGUCCACACAUCAGUUUUACAGGCAACAUCUGUGUCUACUGUCCCGGGGGACCAGACUCGGACUUUGAGUACUCUACACAGUCUUACACUGGUUAUGAGCCAACGUCCAUGAGAGCCAUCCGAGCCCGUUAUGACCCCUUCCUUCAGACCAGGCAUCGGGUGGAGCAGCUGAAGCAGCUGGGACACAGCGUCGACAAGGUGGAGUUCAUCGUGAUGGGCGGGACCUUCAUGGCUUUGACCGAGGAGUACAGAGACUUUUUCAUCAGGAACCUACACGACGCCCUGUCAGGACACACGUCCAACAGCGUUGCCGAGGCUGUCAGGUACUCUGAACGCAGUAACACCAAGUGUGUGGGAAUCACUAUAGAGACACGCCCUGACUACUGCCUGAAGCGACACCUCAGUGACAUGCUGGGCUACGGCUGCACCCGGCUGGAGAUAGGAGUCCAAAGUGUGUAUGAAGACGUGGCCCGCGACACCAACAGAGGCCACACGGUGCGAGCUGUGUGUGAGUCUUUCCACCUGGCAAAGGACGCCGGCUUCAAAGUGGUCGCCCACAUGAUGCCGGACCUGCCCAACGUGGGCAUAGAGAGGGACGUGGAGCAGUUUAUUGAGUUUUUUGAGAACCCAGCGUUCAGGCCUGAUGGUUUGAAGCUGUACCCAACGCUAGUGAUCCGAGGCACGGGGCUGUACGAGCUGUGGAAGACCGGCCGAUACAAGAGCUACACACCCAGCGCCCUGGUGGACCUUGUGGCCCGAAUUCUGGCGCUGGUGCCGCCCUGGACACGAGUUUACCGGGUGCAGAGGGACAUCCCCAUGCCGCUGGUGAGCUCCGGAGUGGAGCAUGGCAACCUGAGAGAGCUGGCACUGGCCAGGAUGAAGGACAUGGGCACUGAGUGUCGAGACGUGAGAACCAGAGAAGUCGGCAUUCAGGAGAUCCACCACAAAGUCAGACCUUACCAGGUGGAGCUGGUGCGGAGGGACUACGUGGCCAACGGCAGCUGGGAGACCUUCCUCUCCUACGAGGACCCGGAGCAGGACAUCCUGAUUGGCCUGCUGCGUCUGCGUCGCUGCUCUCCACAGUCCUUCCGUCCUGAGCUCAAAGGAGGCGUGUCCAUCGUCCGCGAGCUGCACGUCUACGGCAGCGUCGUCCCCGUCAGCAGCCGAGACCCCAGCAAGUUCCAGCAUCAGGGCUUUGGCAUGAUGCUGAUGGAGGAGGCAGAGCGAAUUGCCAGAGAUGAACACGGCUCUGGAAAAUUAGCUGUGAUCUCAGGCGUAGGAACAAGGAACUACUACAGGAAGAUGGGCUACGAGCUGGUGGGGCCGUACAUGGUGAAGGACCUGUACGGACCGGGAAUGGACUGAACCCGGACAAUAAAAGACAAACAUACACACGCACAAAUGAUGUUAUUUAUCAAGACAAUAUCUAUUUUUAGUUUAGCUCUUCGAGCAUCAGAGGAUAUAAUGGUUUUUCUCGCAGCUCAUGCAUCUGUUUUUUAUCUGGAACACACUUGGGAAUGCUGUUCAUGCAUUGCUCCCGUUUUGUUUAGAUAAGGAGACGGUGUGAGGACGUCAGGAGUAAAGCAAAGCUAUUUGGGAUGAAGUCAG